AUGAGAAGGAAGAUUGCAUCAUUUGAACAAGAAGCGGAUGAGAGUCUUAGUGAAGCUUGGGAAAGAUUCAAAGAGUUGGUACAAGCAUGUCCUCACCAUGAAUACAAUCGAAGCUUGCUCAUGCGAUUCUUCUAUGAUGGAUUGGAACCUAUGUCUAGAGCUAACUUAGAUGCGGGGGCGGGUUGCCAAUUGAUUAAGGUCCCCCAAAAUCAAGUUGAAACAACAAUUGAAGAGGUAGUGAAGAACUACUCUUGGGGUGUUAGAAGGAGGAACGCACCAAAGAAGGGUGGAAAGUAUGAAUUGGAGAAGCUUGAUCAAUUACAACAACAAAUUGAGCUUUUAAAAAAAGGGCUUGCAAAGUUGAAUACGAGUGUCAAUAGUGGGGCAAUCACAUUGAGAUCGGGUACAUCCUAUGAGGGUCCUAAGGAGGGAAAUAGUGAGGAAAAGAAGGAAGGAGAAGAGAGUGUGGGUGAAGUCAAGGAAGUUGAAGAAGAGAAGGUUGUUGAGAAAGAGAGAAGUAUGGAGAAGCAGAAGCUUAAACAUGAGAAUACAACUUCGACUCCUAGUGAAGUUAGGAAUCUUGAUGGGCCGGUUCCAUUUCCCGGUCAACUGGCGGAGAGGAAGUUAAAUGACAAGUUUGCAAAAUUCCUUAGUGUGAUGAAGAAUUUGCACAUCAACCUACCUUUCAUCGAAGUUGUUACACAAAUGCCUUCAUACUCCAAGUUCCUCAAGGAUAUUCUCACCAAUAAGAGGAAGCUCAAUGAUGAGCUCAUCACUCUUCCCCAUCAAGUGAGUCCACUUGUUCAAUAUAAGAUGCCCAAGAAGAAAAAGGAUCCGAGAAGUUUCACUUUGCUGGUAAAGAUUGGGAAUAUGGAAGCUAGGGGCGCCUUAGCCGAUCUUGGAGCAAGUGUUAGUUUGAUUCCUCUAUCCAUUGCUAAAAAGCUUAACAUUGAAAUGAUCCCUACAAGGAAGACUAUCCAAUUAGCCGACCGUUCAGUGAAGUUGCCUUGUGGUGAGCUUGAAGAUGUUCCUAUUCAAGUUGGGCAUAUUUAUGUGCCUUGUGAUUUUGUAGUGAUGGAUAUGGAAGAAGAUGUUGAUACUCCUUUGAUUUUGGGUCGUGAAGCUCUUAAGACUUUGGGGGCGGUGAUCAAUUGCAAGAACAACACCAUUACAUGUGAGGUUUCCGAUGAAAAGAUUAUGUUUGAGUUCUCUAAGUUGCUCAAGACCCCCAUGGUUGAAAAAUUCUAUAGGGUCGAUGUUGUGAAUGAGGAGUAUGAUCGUUUAGGAAGGGUUAUGAUGAAGCCACAAGACCCAAUGGUUGAAGCUCUUACAUGCAAGGAAGAAUAUCACUCUUAA